AUGGAGCAGCGUUUUCUGGGCUGGAAAGGGGCUUGGGAUUCCACUGAGGUGGCACCAGAGCCCCAGCCUCCAUCUAUGCUGUGCUCAGAAGAUUGUGGGCCUCACCCACUCCCUUUCUAUCCUGUGCUGGGAGAGUUCCCAGGUCAGGGCGGUGGUUUGGAUUCAGGACUGCUUUCCAGUCCUUGUUAGCGGCUUCGCUGGGUCUACCUGCAAAACGAAGUCUGUCCCAGAGCCCAGAGCACCUUGGAACCAACAGGGGCUCUGCCCACUGCGGGCCUCUGGCCUGGGACACAGAUGAAGCCAGAGGCAGCUGCAGGAGAGGUGGACCCUGCAGAGGAACCCGAGCCACUCACCCACCGGCAGCUUUCCUCCACCAGGACGCCCUGCCUGGCCACAUAG